AUGUGCGAUGCAAGUGGCAAUACACCGUUGGCAGGUGACUUUCUCCAGAUUAUUUUUGCUGUAUCAUAUCCAAAACAAUGCGGCAACGCUAUUGAAAGUAUUUGUGCAACACAAUUCCUUGACAAGAUCACUAUUGCCAUUCGUGGUCUUACAGCAUUUAAAGCAACAAUCCAAAUCAACGGGAGUGCACCAUUUAGUGUACAACUCGCGAGUUGCUCGAUAACAAGUAAAAUUAUAAAACCUAUUACUACAAUGAUAAGUGUUCUACCGCGUGUUCUCUCUCACUCAUUGUUUGCAACUACACCAUGCGUACCAAACUCCUGCAACUUGAAUAGUGGUAGUGGUACUGAUUGUACUGGUUCUCUUGGUGCUGGUCCUUUUAGUGGUUGA